AAUGCCAGUUGGCUUUUGAGUGGAUAAUUGUUGCAGUGAGAGAAGUGACAUUGGAAACAACUAUUGUCCGUUUGAAUUACUUAAAACACCACCAUGAAAAGAAAUACCUGUGAUUUGCUUUCUCGGAGCAAAAGUGCCUCUGAGGAAACACUGCAUUCCAGUAACGAAGAGGAAGACCCUUUCCGAGGAAUGGAACCCUAUCUUGUACGGAGACUUUCUUGCCGCAAUGUUCAGCUUCCCCCUCUUGCCUUCAGACAGUUGGAACAAGCAGACUUGAAAAGUGAAUCAGAGAACAUUCCAAGACCGACCAGCCUUCCCCUGAAGAUUCUACCGCUGAUUGCUAUCACUUCUGCAGACUCCAGUGGGUGGUUUGGUUUUGCUGAAAAUCCUGGCUAG